AUGAAUGAUAAUUCAAUAAAAAUAAAUGACAACACGUUAAGUGUGGAAAGCUGGAUAGAGCAACCAACGGUACGGAAUGAUGAAAAUGAGAAAGAAAACUUAAACCAACGGAACAAAGAAGCGAAACAUAACGAUUCAGAAAGCAGAGCAGAAAAAAAGAUAAGUAAAAACAAGGAAGAUUUAAAGAGACAAGAUGAAAACGACAGCGAAAUAGCCAUCAAGAAAGAAAUCAAUCAAAUAAAUGAAGGUGCUAAUUGCACGAAUUCGGAUACAACAAAGGAUUAUACAAUUAUUGUUCCCCCAAGGAAAAAAAUGAGAAACAUGACAGAGGAGGAGGUUGAAGGGGGUAGUCAAACCGGUGGAAAGGUCAAAGGGGAGGGGAGUUUCAUGCCCUCAGUGAAUGGCCACAGUAGUGAACAGGAGUACAUCACGGAAUCGCUGCAAAGCAGUUCCUUCAAUUUAAAGCGUAAAAAAAAAAAGUUAAAAAAGAAGAACAUUUGCGAAAGUAGCAAGGGGGAGGAGAAUGAUGAAGGGGAAAAAAGUGGAAAAAAUAAAUCAAAAAGAAAAAAAAGACCUAAAGGAAAAAAUGCACAAUGUGAGAAGUAUGACCAGAUGGCCGACCAGUCAAGCAAUGAGGGAGGCACUGGAGACAGCAGCGAGGAGAACAGCCAAGGCAGAAACGAUGGAAGUAGUGGAGAAGACGAUUUAAGCAAUUCCCUUCCGAAAAAAAAAGGCAAAAAAAUGGACAAACAGAAAAUACGUAAUAUGUUAAGGGAAAAGCUAAACAAAACGAAGAAAAUGAACUUUAAAAAGGAAAAGAAUAACUUGAAAAAUGAAAAACAAAAGUAUGCCAAGUAUAAGAGGAACAAAGAAAAUAUCAAGAUGACCUUCGACGUUACCAGCCGCUUUACAGUCCUAGGUUGUGAUUGGGACAAUAUAUCCAGUGCAGACAUUUUCUAUCUCUUUGAAUCAUAUUACAAUUUUGAAAAGAGGAAAAAAAAAAACAUAGAUUAUACUAAAAGUAGAGCUGUCAAGAAGGUCACUAUAUACACCUCCAAAUAUGGAGAAAAGAAGCUGAAGCAGGAGAAGAAACAUGGCCCAAAAAUUAAUUUAGAUAUUCUAAAGAUGAAGAGGAAAGGAGACGGAGCUGUAUAUAGGCAGAACAACUUUCUAGAUUACUUCCAGGAGGAAGAGGAGGAAGACGACGAUGAUAAUGAUAGUGCUAAUGAUGAUGAUGGUGAUGAUGAUAAUGAUAAUGCUAAUGAUAAUGAUGAUGAUGAGAAUGUGAAUGAGAAUGAGGAGGGAGCACUGAACUCAAGCGGCCACAGCGACAGUGACAGCAGCAGAGACGCCGAAGGAAGUGUUAAUAAUGACGAGAGCGUCGAAAGUGACGGAAGCGCAGACUCGGAUGACAGUGAGGAUCGAGACGACAGCACAGGUGACGACGAAAGUUCGGACUCAGACAGCAGCGCAGGUGAAGAUGCCAAAGGUAAGAAGGGGAAAUCAGAUGGGAGGGACUCUUCCAAGGCCAAACUGAAAAAAAAAGAAAACGAGCAAGCCAUUCUGCAUAGCAGCCUGAGUGCCGACGAGGAGGAAGAAAAUGAAAAAAUCCGACUAUACCAAAUCCAGCGUUCAAGAUAUUAUUUCGCAGUAGUAGAAUGUUAUAAUAAAGAAAUAGUAGAAUUUCUAUAUGAAGAAUUAAACGACAUGGAUGCAGAUUUCUGCAUCAAUUAUUUAGAUCUUAGGAUAAUUGAUGAUGAAUGCUCCCUUGAUGACUAUAAAGUGAAGGAAACAUGCAGUAAGAUACCUGAUAAUUAUCAAUUCCAUUAUAGCGUGAGCACACCUUUAAAACAUACGCAUGCCAAGUCAACAUGGGAUGAAAAUCCCAAGAGGAAAAAACUUCUGUCCACAAGAUUUAGUGAAGAGAAGUUAAGGGAGCUGGACUUGAAGGAAUAUCUAGCUAAUUCAUCAUCCAGCGAUGAGGAAGAGCAGAACGAGCAGGGGCAAAAUCACAACAAGGAUAACUCACCACUUAACAAAAGGGAAAAAGACAACAGAGAAUAUUACAGAAAGCUCCUCCUUGGCGAUUGGUUAAACGAUGAUGAUACUGAAAAUGCUCAAAAGGAAGAGCCAAAUCGAAGAAUGGAGAAAACUAGUGGUAAAGGUACACGUGAAAACGACGUGAGCAAAAUGAACUUCUCCAUGUACAUGGAUGAAAUGGAUGAAGAUUUGGAAGACAAGGAGGGAAUAAUCAAUUUCUCGAAAGAAGGAAUUCUUUCCUCGAAUAAGAACGCGCGUGGAAGUAUCACGAACGAGUUAGCUGAAAAUCACCAUGAAAAAGGUGGUGAAAAAAUCAAGCGUAAAGCGAAAUCAAUCGCCACUGCGAGCGCGGUGGACGAUGCUGAUGAUAGCGAUAACGAAAACGAAGUUGUAACCGUUUUCAAAAACAUGCUAAAAAAUAAGGACCAAAAGGAAGAGAAGAAAAGUCCGUGGGAUAAGUACCUAGAUAGGGUAAAACAGAAAAAGAAAUUAAAGAAAAAGGCCUACUUGGAAUCACUAAAAAAGAAAGAUGAAGAAAUAAAAAAAAUCAUAACGAAAAAAACAAACAAAAGGAAAAAAGAUGUCAUGUUUAAAAGCCACGGAGAAAACCUCCUAGAUAAAGUAAAUGAUGGCCACGUAAUUGAUAGCAGAUUUGCUGAUUUGUACAAAAAUAAAGAUUUUAAUUUGGACAUUACAAACCCGAACUUUAAGAAGACCAAAUUUAAUGAAGAAAUCUUGCAGAAGAAGAAGUUAUAA